AUGUGCUCCUCUGUAAUGUUUCGCGUAGGUCUAAAGUUUCAUGGCUUCCGGAACACCCCGCGAACCUCCCUCUUGGUCAUUUCCCUCUUCGUCUGUCUCAUUCCGUCGCCCCAACAGCAGGACGCUCACAAGGGGAUGGGGCACACAGAGGCAAUAUGGCGGAAAGAUGGAACACUAGCAUCCGGUUUGGGAGCAUUAUUUGCAGCUGCAGCACUUUGCACUGUCAACUUGUGCGUCAACGGCACCUGCUAUGAGAAUGGAGGGCUACAGAUAUGUGUUUGCGACAAGCCGUAUUCGGGCGCCUUGUGUGAAGACACCAUAUCGAUGUGCACUGACGGAUGCGGGAUAAAACCCAGCACAGGGAUUGACUGCAGCAGCGCCCUCUGUUCUUUGGGAACCUGCCAAGACACAAAUACAGAGCCGUUUUACAAGUGUGACUGCGGUGACUUCUUUACCGGGAGUAACUGCGAAACGCAUAACAACCCGUGCACAAAUCCGGCGGCCAAUCCAUGUGGUGAGGGUACUUGCACUUUUUCGCCCGGGAAGGGUAGCGGAACCGUAACGUGCACGUGCGAUUCGGACUAUGAAACAGCUUUUGGGGCUGGCAUGACAACAGUGAAGUGGGGAAACAGCGAAGUCCUCCAAAGCCCCCCCUGCACCGUCCGGACCCUCAUGGAGUCGUUUUUCCAAGCGGCAUUGAAUUCCGUCCUUGAGGCGGCAGGGGGGGGCACCAGGAGUACCAGGACGAGCAGUGCUAGCAGUAGUACUAGCAACUUCGGCUCGAACCGGCCAAACAGUCGUAGCAGCAACUCUGGAGGGGUCCCUGGCCGAAGCGGAGGAAAUGCUUUCAGGUCUUCUCGCUCCAGCGAGAGAACCGCCGCAACGUCUGCCUCUUCGGGGGAUACGAGUGCAAUGCAAGGUUCCCGGUGUGAGCCGAGCAGUGAGACGCAAGCCCGACACAGGAAUGUAGAUCAGCCGGGCCAAGCCAACAAGACUGGCAGCAGCAGCAAUGUGCCAGCGGGGGGGAGGACCGGCAGCAGCAGCAGCUCGCCAAAGGGUGUCAGUGCCCCUCGCGAUUCUCAGGACCCAGCAAAGCGCUCCCAGGUGCGGGACCGGGAAGCAGCAGACCGAUUAAAAGACCUAGGCAAUGAAAGUUUUAGGCGAGGCAUGUACGGCUUGGCAGCAGAGUACUAUUCAAAAGCCAUCGAGGUGGAUGCCACCGUCGCAUCUUACUUUACAAACAGAGCGCUCUGCCAUAAACGCGAAAAGCGAUAUCCAGAGGCGCUAGAAGAUGCCGAGGCAGCUCUUGCCCUUGAGGAAGCUAACGUAAAGGGUCUCUACAUCAAGGGCGAUGCGCUUGUGCAGCUGGCUAAGAAACUUAGAAAUGCACGCUGGAGGAGGCAAAGAUCAGUGGACAGGAAGGAUCUUGAGGAGUUUCUGAAGGAAUGCAUCGAGGUGGCGGCACAGCAGAGACGUCUCCCCAGAGAAGAAGUUGACGGUCGGUUGGCGCAGCUAGAACAUCUCGUAGCCGAGGCCGCUGAGGCUGAUGCACCUUUUGAAACACCCGACUUCCUAACGUGCAAAAUAUCUAUGGGGCUGAUGGAUGAGCCAGUCGUGACACCCAGUGGCAUCACCUACGAACACAAGCUUCUUCUGGAUCACUUGAACCGCAACGGACCUACGGAUCCUUUGACCAGGCGAGCUAUUUGUCAUCUUUCCGAACGCCUUCUAAGAGUGUAA